GCGAGACGCUUUCUAUCCCGGAGUCAAUAUGCCUGCUCUCUCCAAUACUCGUCUUCCGGUAGGAAACAAAGACUUCACAAAUGCAACUGUCGUCAUUAUUGGGGCCGGGAUAUCCGGCAUGAAUAUGGCCAUAGACCUCAUCAAGCGAAACAACUGUCGAAACUUUGUCAUCCUUGAGAAAAGUAGUAGCAUUGGUGGGACGUGGAACGACCAGAAAUACCCAGGGUGUUGCUGCGAUGUCUGGAGUUCGUUGUACAGUUAUUCAUUCGAGCAAAACCCCAACUGGUCUCGAGAGUACCCUGGUCAGGAGGAAAUACAUGCAUACCUAGUUGGCAUCGCAGAAAAAUGGGGCCUCUAUAAACACAUUCGAUUUAAUUCGGCCGUGGAGGAAGCUCGUUGGGACGAUCAUGAAUCGAAAUGGAGAGUCACUGUCAAUUUAUCGGGACAGAAAGACAGCGAGUUUGCGACCUCAUAUGUCAUUACCUCCGAUUUUCUGAUUUCUGCAGUCGGCCAGCUCAACUUGCCACGAUACCCUGACAUUCCAGGCCUUGAAGACUUCCAAGGACGAAUGAUGCACUCUGCCCGAUGGGACUGGAGCUAUGAUUUCAAGGGAAAGAAGAUUGCGAUUAUUGGAAACGGAGCAACGGCAGCCCAAAUUAUCCCAGAAAUUGCACCAAGUGCUUCUCACCUAACAGUUUUCCAGCGAACUCCGAAUUGGGUCAUCCCUCGCCUCGACGGGCCCGUAUCCGCGUUCCAAAAGGCACUGUUGACCUACAUUCCACCUAUUCGCUGGCGCAAACGUGCGGCGAUGAUGGAAUUUCGUGAGGAUUUCCAUUCUGCCAUCUUCGACGAUGACUCCGACAACGCGCAGGGGAUUCGAGACUGGUGCACGGGGAUGCUGAAAACACAAUUAGCGGAUAAACCAGAGCUCUGGGAGACACUGACGCCCAAAUAUGCACCUGGGUGUAAAAGAGUAAUCCUGUCCGAUGAUUACUAUCCUGCGUUGGCGCGCGACAAUGUUGAUCUAGAGACACGGCGAAUCAACCGCAUCACGAGCAAGGGCAUCGAGAUCGAGGGCGUUGGCGAGCAGGAAUACGACUUUAUUGUGCUGGCUACUGGAUUCAAAACGGUCGACUUCAUGUAUCCGAUCCAGGUCUAUGGCACCAAGGGCCGCCCUGUUGCGGAUAUAUGGAAGGAUGGGGCGAAGGCUUACUACGGAGUCACUGUGGAGGAUCUGCCUAAUUUUGGAAUGUUCUAUGGUCCCAACACUAAUCUUGGCCACAACUCCAUCAUCCUUAUGAUCGAAGCACAGUCACGCUACCUGAAUGCCUUGGUUAGCGAGGUGAUUCGUUCCAAACAGCAGGGAAAGAGCCUCGCCCUUAUGCCGACACCAGAGGCGUUGAAAGAGUACAAUGAUAGACUCCAAGCUGUACUGCGGAAGAGUAGCUUCGCAGAUCCCAAGUGCAACAGUUGGUAUAAGAGAGACGAUGGAGUUAUUACUAAUAACUGGUCUGGCACUGUCGUUGAAUACCAGCAAUAUUUGUCACAGGUGCAAUGGGAGGAUUACAUCGCCAAAGGCUCUGGUAGUCACCUUGUCAAGAAUCAGGGACCUACUCACAUAGGACGGGUCCAUGAGGAGCCGUACCUUAGUAAUACCUCGCUUCUUGCAGGUGCAGCAAGUCUUUUGGCUGUCGGCGGCUAUAUUGUCACUCGUACCAAGCUGCAGAAGGCACGCUAA